AUCGUCGCGCAGAAGGCGAAGCUCCGCUCCUUCCGUGUUCGAACGGUCUCUACUGUGGCGUUAAUCGGCACGUUCAUCGGAAUUAUAUGGUCAGGUCAUGUGCCGCUUAUGUUCUUCAUCCUGCUCCUGCAGGCGAGUUCCCUGGAUUUCUUCUUGGUCGCCCGGGAGCUGUUCCGCAUUGCGUAUGUGGCGCAGCGCUCCAAACGUAGCCUUCCACUUCUGCGCACGCAACAGUGGUACUUCUUCUUCACGGCCGUCUUCUGGUUAUAUCUGAGGUUCAUCAAGAACAAUCUUCUGGUGGAGGUUACUUCGGACAAGACGUUGGCGCGGUUGUUCUACUGGGCGCUGAAGCACCACAGCCUCAUUUGCUAUUCGCUGUACAUGGCAGGUUUUGUGGGCUUCGUCCUCAGCCUGAAAAAGGGCGUGUACAUGCACCAGUUCGCACACUACGCCUGGACGCACAUGAUCAUCCUGAUCACCACAGUGCCCACGUCGUUUUUCGUGUCCAACAUCUUCUCCGGGCUCAUCUGGUACGUGCUGCCCGCCUUCCUCAUCGUCGCCAACGACAUCUGCGCCUACCUGGCCGGUUUCUUCUUCGGUCGCACGCCGCUGAUCAAGCUAUCUCCCAAGAAGACCUGGGAGGGCUUCAUCGGCGGCUUCCUGGGCACCCUGGUCAUCGCCUUCUUCCUGGCGGCCGUCAUGAGCAAAUACAAGUGGCUGACGUGCCCACGCAAGGAUUUGACGGUGUUCAAGGGCUUGGACUGCGUUCCGGACGAGGUGUUCGUGCCGGAGACCUUUGCGCUCUACCUGGGGCUGAUGUUCGAGGCACUGCCGGCCGGUCUGCGGCACUGGCUGGGGGAGCUUACCUUCACCGUUGCGCCCAUCCAGCUGCACGCGCUGUCACUGGCGUCCUUUGCGUCCAUCAUUGCGCCAUUUGGUGGCUUCUUCGCCAGCGGCUUCAAGCGCGCCUUCCAUAUGAAGGACUUUGGAGAUACAAUUCCAGGCCAUGGUGGAGUGACCGAUCGUUUCGAUUGCCAGAUUCUGAUGGCUGUCUUCGCCUACUGCUACUACUACAGCUACAUCUCCAAGCCGGAGGUAACGCUGGGUGACGUGCUCUCCUUGGCCACGAAGCUCAAUGACCACGACCAGAUCCUGCUUGUGGGCAAGCUGGCCAACCUGCUGGCUGGGGAGGACCUUAUACCAGGUGAUUAG